AUGCAAUCGUCGACUUCGUUUUCUUCAAUGUCAUCAACAGCAUCAAGUUGUUCGUCUACCUAUGCUUCACGAACAAUACUCGAAGCAAAAGAUUUGCCUUCAGCUGGACCACGAUGCCGAUCAUCAAUGAUAGCAUCUCUCGAUAAUGAUGAAGGUGUGUUUUCUGAACCACCACCACCUCCUCCGCCACCACGUCGUCGCCGCACACAAAUUCCAUCAGCCAAUAAAUCUAUGGCUAAAUGUCGUCAUCUUCUACGAACUUGUCUUACUUCAGCAUCAGCACCUCUUUCGCUACUUACACCAACUAAACUCUCCGAUUCAAUCAUUCGAAAGCAAUAUUUUGCACAAUUAUGUCAUAAUCAUCGGUUACUACUUGUUCUCAAUGAUUACGAAUGUAAAUGUGGUUGUCGUUUUUCAAUGAAACAAGGCGACUUUGUUAUUUUAUACGAAACAAGAAAUGAAUUAUCGAUGUGGUAUAGAAAUAAACUUGUAACAGUCAUAUCAAACGAAUUAGUAUGUUCAAAAAUUCCUUGUGAAUAUGUAUGUGAUGUAAAAUUGUUGCGUGAACGUGUUCGUUCGAGAUAUUGUUCUAGUGAUGAUGAGCAAAGUUUUGAUUUGUAA